AUGCUUUCUUUUUCGGGCGAAACUAGGCCCCUGAAGAUCAACGAGGGCACGAGAGACAUUGGCUGGCACCGUACUCACUUUCAUGUGUUUCCCAAAAUAAUCGACUUUGGCAUUUUGGUUGUGCGCCACCAAGGCACGAACACCAGCGUCGACGCCAGCGCCAGCGCCAACGCCAACGCCAACGACGUUGGAGCUAGGAACCCAGCCGCCCUCGGCGCCAGAGACAGAGCCAGAGCCAACUAUUGA